AUGAAAGUGGGAGAAUUGAUGACCACAGGAGAGUGUCUCAAGAUUGAGUUUCAGGUCAUUUCAGUGCAAUUUCAUUUAAUUUCUCACACUGUCUCUCUUGUCUCUCUGCAGAACUCCAUCCGUCACAACUUGUCCCUCCACACGCGUUUCAUUCGGGUGCAGAAUGAAGGGACAGGGAAGAGCUCAUGGUGGAUGCUGAACCCAGAUGGAGGGAAGAUGGGCAAGUCCCCGCGCCGACGAGCAGUCUCCAUGGACAACAGCACCAAAUAUCUAAAGAGCAAAGGUCGCAUUAGGGGCAAGAGGGUUGGACGUCCUGGGAUAGGAGCUGGGUCUGCUGUUGUGGGGCUCCAGGGUUCCCCUGACCAUGGCAGCCCACCACGUAAAGGCCUCCCAGUUGCUGGAGGUACAUCCGGGACAGAUGGAGAGUUUGAUGCCUGGACAGAACUUCACUCAAGGGCCAGUUCAUCAGCCUCCACCCUGAGUGGGCGUCUGUCACCCAUCCUUGCUGAGGGAGAACCAGAGGAGCCAGAGGAGGGAGGCCUUUCCUGUUCCGCCUCACCCCAUCUCUACCCCUCACCGACCAGUGCCCGGUCCCCAUCCAUGGGGGCAGGGAAUCGUUGUCCUCCCCUUGAGCAGUUGCCUCAGCUGGCUAACCUGACAGGUGCCAUCAGUCUUGAUGAACAGCUGAUGGAGGAUGGUUAUCAUCACCAUCACCCACAGCAGCAACACCAACAGCAUCCUGCUGUUGGGAGACAUAAGCACCAAACCCCUGUCUACCACUACAGCUCUGGAGUGAAGGGGCAGAACUCCUAUGGCAUAAGUGUGUAUGGUGCAGCAGGAAUGGGGAUGCUGCGCCACCACUCGCCCAUGCAGACCAUUCAGGAGAACAAGCCAGCCAGUUUUUCUGGAACCAUGCGGGCAUACUCCAGCACCAAUGCCCUGCAGAGUCUGCUAACAGGGGGGUCAGUUGGGCAGCAAUACUGUGCCAAGGACAUGAUGCUGGGACAGGAGAGAGAGAGCCAUCCCAUGAUGGGCCAAGCUUGUAAUGGAGUAAGCUCCAACCAUCACACCCACCACCCUGGACACCACAAUGGUCACAGCCACAGCCACAAUGGACCGCUUAGUCACAGCUCAGCCCAUAGCCAUAACAGAACUCACAACCAUACUCCUACUCAUAAUCACAACAAUGUAACCAACCACAACUCACCUCACAGCCUCACUCACAACGGUCACAACCUCAGCCAGAGCCAUAACCACACACCACCCGGGGCUCCAGCCCUGACCCCACGUGGCAACAGCAACCAGUUGCAGACCUACAGCCACAAAGCUCCCUACCUGUACAGUCCCCCCUCACAUGCCCACCUCCCUGCCUCCACCACCCUGCCCCCAAACCCAGCAGGUAUGCUUGGCAUGCCCCAGGACUCCUGUCAUGUAGCCACUGCUCCACACCCACACCCCCGUCACAACCAUUACCCUGACCCACAACACCAAGGCAUGGCAAAUGGACUGUUCCACCAUUGCCAGGGGAUGGGGGGCAGUAGUGGAAAUAACAAUUACCAUGGCUAUCACCAACAACACCCCCAUGAGAGACUACCAGCUGACCUGGACAUUGACAUGUUCCAUGGCAGCUUGGACUGUGAUAUGGAGUCCAUCCUCCUCCAUGACAUUUUGGACUCUGGGGAGGAGAUGGACUUUAACUUUGACUGCUCCCUAGCUCAGGGUGUGGGCAUUGGAAUGGGGAUGGGCAUGGGCGUGACUGUGGGCAUGGGAAUGGGGAUGAGCGGACUUGCUGGUCCACAGCAAGCUCAUAGCAACCAGAGCUGGGUUCCUGGCUGAAGUCCAGGACAACACACCCUGCCCUCAGAAAGAACUACCCUACCCAUAAAGCACUGUGCUCAACUGUGACAUUCCUGACUUGACACAGAGACUAUAGGACCAACACUCCUGUCUUUCUUUGUUGUCUUGACAAUUCUUCUUUCACCCCCUCCUCUUUUGAUCCCCUCCCCUCCCGAGAGAUCUAGUUCAUGUCACAUUAGGUUUUUCCUCAUAUCAGCUAUACUGUGAUGACAAUCUCUCAGCUGUGCUUGCCCAACAUCGCUUCUCAUCUAACAUGAGAGCUGAACUCUCAAUGCACUUUAUUGCAAGUGGGUCACAUCUCGCAGUGCAAUGCAUUCACUGAGCAGCUCAGGCAGAGCUUGGCAUGUUUUGUUACAGUAGGUGGCUGCAGUAUUUGACAGGAAAAAAUGAGGAAAUCACAAGUUGAUAAAGUAAUCUUGGCAUUGAAUUACAUUGGACUCCUUUUCUCAAAGACUGUCAUUGUCAGCAGUAGGGACUUUUUUUUCUACAAAAAUAGAUUUCUGAUCUGAAAGCAGUUUAAUGAUAAUGACAUUCACAUGCUCAUCAGAUCGAAUUAAUUAUCUUAGAUCAGCAGUCCUGUUAUUUACAGCUUCACACAUUCAGAUCUUGGCACUUUGACUUUUCUAUUGGAUGUAAAAUUUUGUUAAUGCCCUUUUGACAUUGUUUAGAGAAUAUUGUCAAUACAUCGUUAAAUGGAUUUUAUCAUCACUGGCUAGCAUGCAAUUCAUUGAAUUAAAAUGUUGCAUCACUUUGUCUCACCUGGGCUUCUCGUGCUAGUUUCUCUCUCUCUCUGUAUCCCUCUCCCUCUCUCUCUCUGCCUGCCAGUGGAGACAAAAUGACCAUUCCUCACACCGAGCCAUUAACGUAGCUUGAUUGAAAUUCAGCAUCUUGCUUUUAAUCUUCAAAGUGAUGCGGCAGCGAUGCGUCAUUAUUGAGAAUGUAACGUGUUGUCCUCCCAUCUCUCACCCCGGCCGUCCAGGCAGCCACUUGCCUCUCCGGCUUAAUGUGCCAAGAAAGUGAGACAAAACUGUGAUUAACGCCAAGUCACUCUGCCUGCUGUCCUGCUCUGAGGAGGCCAAUGUCACUGACCGCUUGCCUGCUCACAGAGGGUACAAAUGGAAAAGAUGGAGACAAGGAUAGAACAAAAGUCUGUUGUUACAGUGGGAUCAAUCACCAGCCUCAGUUUCCAUGCUGUUUGGGUGUGUGUGUCUGAAAACAGGUAGUGUAUCUGUAUUGUAAAUCAUGCUCAUUGUCUGUAUUUUGUGUUUCCUUGUUCCCAUGUUUUCAUUGCUUAUACCCUGAGCUUCAAACACUUCAAGCAGUGCAAAGAGAGAGAUUUAAGGAGAAAACAAUCAGCCAAUCUGAGUGGCAUAAUUCUAUGUCAAACAGGGUUGCAAAGCCCCACAGCCAAUCGCAUCCCCUUUUUGUGUGUUUAUUCUGUUGUCUUGUAGUUGUUGUUGUAUUGUUGAAAUUUUAAGGGCCAACAAGGACAGCACUGAAAUAUCUAUGGAAGGAUUGAUGGAAUUCAAUGGUGAAAUGAUGUUGGUAGUGCAGUAUGACCUUCCUUUGCUCCAAUACUGUGCACCCUCCCACAUGUGCUCCGCUCAGUUGUCUCUGUGUUUGUGAGUGGGGGGAGUCUGAAGAUUGUUUCUCACUGGCCUUGGGAGAGAAAAAAAGAGGACACCCCUAUUCUUUAGUUCCCUCUAGGAGACUCACUGCGUUUGGUCUGUACCAAGUACGGCACACAAAGGUAUAAAAGAGGGUUAAGGGUGGGGUGGGGGUUAUUGUUACAGCCAAAGGUCAAGCACGGCACAGACUAUCAGACCCAUUACUGAGGUAAAUACCUUUAUUUCAGGGCUUUUAGCCGCACUGGUUCCAGUUAAUCUCUGGGUGGAAAAUGUGUGGAAUUUUCUAAGCAAAUGGGCCUCACAGAGCAGUUAUGUUAAAAACCUGUGCUACAGACAUUAGCAAUGCCCUGCUAUUGGAAAGAAAGCUAUAUAUGAUGUCUAAUUUUCCUAUAUUUAUUUAUGAAAGAGAUUGGUCUUUGUCACUCCUAAAUGUGGUAGUUGUUUAAGUCAACUCCUAUCCCUUCCUCUUUUUUUCUCUGUUUUUUAAGAUGUCACUCUCCCUUUUCCCCUUUUACUUUUAUUUUGUACAAAAUCUAUAUAUUAAGAAUAUUGUAUAAUAGUUUUUAAAAUCUCAAAAGAAUAUCAGUUUUGUUGUCUAUUUCUUUUUUAAGAGAAUGUAUCUCAUCAUCUGGUGACUGUUAAAUAAAUGAAAUUAAAAGAAAGACUUCCUUGUCUUAUCUCAUUUGUGUGACUAUGACCAUAAAGAUACAUUUGUUAUUCAUGAAAACACAACAAAGUGACCUUUUCCUUAUAAUUCAGAGACACAGAAGUGGGUUUUCCUAAGCUUACUUGUGCUUGUCAAAUGCUGUUUCUCUCAUGUGCUUGUACACAGUAGCUGCCAAGAUGAAUGAAUGUGUGCUGCUUGUGAAUUUAUUUCUUUAUUGCCCAGCUUGUAUCAUUUUUAAAACAUAAGUCCUUUCACACAUGCAGACAACCCCUCUUGGCAGUCGUGUUUGACCAGGACACCGAGUCUCUGCGUGGGAGGCAGGAGGAAUGGGCUGUAUGAAUGAAAAAUAGGGAAAAAAGUGCCUUCACAUAUGUCUGGAAGCAUCACUUGUGUUUCAGACUCUGCUUGAGAAAGAAAGAGAGAAAUGUAUGUGUGUGCGUGCGUGCAUGUGUGUGCAAGAGAGAAAUAGUUCAUGAUAGACAGACAAAACAUGUAGGCACCCAGACAGCCAGACAGAGUUGGCAGGAUUGGAUUAAUAGGUGUGUAUAUAUGUGUGUGUCUGUCUGUGUGUCAUAAGGCUUGUUAUGGCCUAUGAAUCGGUAUAGGUUGGUCACAGCUGUCCCAGUCCCAUUGGAGGCGUUUUCACAGGAGGAGUGUGCAGCACUACAGCGCCAUACUGCCAGGCCCCAGGGGAGUCCCCGCCUCUACACUCACGCAGACAUGUACACACACACAGACAGACACCACACAUGCACAUUCACACACAUACAUUUUAAAAUACCACAAAUUCACACAUUCACACAAAGAGGCACAGUUAUGAAACCAAACGCACCAACAUGCACACACUCAAACAAUCAUUUCUCACUUAGAUGUACAGUUUUAAUUGACUCCACUUGGCAAAGCCUCUCUGCAGGGAGACAAGUGAGAAGUGGAGGGAAAGGUGUGGAGGGAGGAAAGCAGGCAGUGUAUAUUAAAAGCUAAAGUGCCUGACACAAAAACACACAAUUAAAAUGUGUUUUUGUAAGCAUUUUUGGGGGUCUGAUGAGCUCAAACACGGUCCAGUAACUUUAUAAGAUGUUUCAUAAUUUCACAAUUAGACCAAACUGAGUGUGAUUGAGUGUAAGUGAGACUAGGAGUCUGGCGUACGGCCAAAGUCUCACUCUUCCCUGCCUUUCUCCUGAGAGAGAUAGAGGUUGAGGUAGACAGGAAGGCAGUCCAGUCCAGGUGCUGUGCCUCGGGGAUGGUCUGCUCUUCUGUUCCUCAUUAUCAGCGAGUGAGAGAAGCUGUGUUACAGUGUCAUUAUUCAUCCACUCAAGCAUCUGGGAGCAGGUCCUUCUUUACUUGGCCCAGUGAUAUCACUGUAGAGACCGCCCUUGGAGCUAAAGGCUGACUGGGGACACUGCUAACUGCUAACAGACAGAACCACCCAGGCAAGGCUCCAGGGUACAGAUGUCCUUGAGUGCUUAUGAGGAUUCAGCAGUUCUCACUUUCCGGCCGAACUGCAAAGUGAAAAAAUGCUAUACUUCCAAAAUUCAAUUGUUCAUAAAAAGUAUUAACUCACCAAUAUACAGAAAGGGGGAGUUUGAUGUACUGCCUCCAGAAUUAAUGCUAAGACUUAUUCUCAGCUACUGCAGCCACUGUGAAAAUAAGCUUUAAUAAUCAUCUUUAUAAUCUUUGCUAUCUUUAUUAAUAAAUAACUUUCCAAAGCAUUGUUUCAAAGCCAUUUGAAAAAAUAGAGAAGAACAAUGUAGAAGAAAACAGUCAUUGCAUACAUUCAAGGCUAUAACUUUUAAGAUGUAACUAAGCUCCAAAGAUGCUUAAACAGAUGUUUAAAAUCAAUCGAUCAAAAAUAAAUCCCACAUGGUAUCUUUUAAUGGAAAAACAGAUUACACACCUCUUUUAACUUGUCUGAAUUACUCUAAGAAUGCCAAAUGAUGCUGACAUUAUCAACUCCACAUGGAAAGAGUUCAUGGGGGACACCAAUGGACCACCAAAAGAGGGCUCCUGCUGUCUAAGCUGUUGAAUUUGGGGAUGACAGUUUGAAGUUUAGAAGCUAAAGCCAGCAAGUUGGAUUGAAGGCCACAGUGAGAUUUAAAAGAGUAUAAAUUUGAGCACUGCACUUGUGCUUUUGCUAAAAUAGGGCCAAGAGUAGUUUUAGUGCUCUGCAUGGAUUUUGAAGUUGUAAAGUUAUCAGAACUAUAAGCCUGGUUACAGAGGACAGUUUUAGAGACAGGUACAGUUACUGGGAUCCAGGGAUUGAGACAGCAUUUCUUAGUGAGGUGUUAAACCAUCAACGAUUCAAUGAGAAUGGAAAAUACAGACAGCAAAGAAAACUCUGUAAUGGACAAAAUGAUGUCAUUGACUAAAAAUUAGUAGAGGACUGUUGAAAAACUUUGUGGAGCCCAGGUCUGGAACAUUACAGCAACAUUCAUACUGGGGGCAGACAGGUGUCUAUGGGAGAGGUUAUAAUCUGGAGACAUCAAGUAAUCAUUCAUGACAUACAGGGCAUUUUUAAAGACUUAAUGGCUCUAAAUGAAACUAGUAUCACAUUUUCAUAUAUGUUAUUCCAGUAACUCAAGUCAUGAAAGGCAUGAGAGGCUCUAUAAACUAUACCGCAGAGGAGUCUUUGCAUCACUUCAGAUGGCUUACAUUUCAUCACAUCGAUGUAAACAAACCUUAACCGCAUCAGCAAACAUUAAUAACUUGGAUUCAGUUGUUGUCUGCUGUUAGUCCAUGUAUUAAAAGACCUGUCAAUCAAUUUGGGAUAGCAGUUUCCAGUCUAUGCUUCGAAUUUUGGUUGUCGGACUACUCUUCUGUUUGUAUUUGAAUCAAAGACUGUGUCUUAGAAUAAAUAAAUAAAUUAAAUCCCAUACUUUAUCAGUUCAGAAAUUUUAAGACUUAAAGAAUAAAAAACCAUGUAGCUUUCUUAUAAUUGAGGUUUUGGGAUAUCACUGCAUCAACUAUGCAAUUUCUUGUGGGCUGUUGCUGAAAAAUAGAUUGAAUAUCUUUCCAAGAUAAAGAUAAGCUUGAUGACAUUAUCUGUCCUUAAUGAGAAACAAAUUGAUUUUAUCAUUCUAAAAAAGAGAUCUUGUUACUUGCUGCUAAAUUCAUGUUUUUCAGUGCAAUGAUAUCUUUAUGCUUCAUAGUUGCUUGAAGGCUUAUAUAGAAAUUCUCUGUCAUUUGGAUCCAAUAAAAGCUAUGAUGCACUGAAGCUAUGUAGUGGGAGUGCAGGAAAAUGAAUACUGGACACAAAAUACACAUCGUCCCUGACUCCCUGUGAAGGUGUGAGGUGUAGCCUAGAGAGCAGAAAACUGCUUUAAACCAGAAGGCAAAUGUUCAAGACCUGAGCAUCCACACAGGAGUUUCCCUGAAAAAGACAGUGAAUCCCAACAUACUACAGGUUACCUACCAGCUCUGUGGUGUGGGGGAUGGAUGGGCUUUCUGUGCAGUGACCAAUGGAGAAUACAUAGAAAAAGAAAAUACAGUCACAAGAGAUGCAGUCACAUUCAGGUUGAGAUGUACCGUAAAGCAGUACAGCCUCAUGAAAUCUGCCCCAGGACUGGGAUGUACCAGUUAUUUGUAAAUCCAACUCCAACUCCAACUUCCUUCCUAAGUUCUCAAAAUAAAGAUUUGCUAAACCUGGUGGCACCAUUUGAACUUAAGACAUGUCUUAGCUACUAAGGAGUUUGUGAAAACAAUGUGUACCCAUCAAAUCAAAACUCUCCACUGUAGCAUCACAAACUGUAGAAUAGCUUUUAAAACUAAGAGAAAGAGCCAAGAGAUAUAUUAAAUAUAAAUAAAAAUUAAAUUAAAUUAAAAAUCCUUUGUAAAUGUAGGUAUUACAUGAAGAAAUGUGUACAUAGGGGAAAAUAUCUGAUUUAUCUAACCAAACAAAUGUUAUUACAUAACUUAGUCUAUAACAUUAUAGACAUAACACGUUGUUAUUUGAAGUAUGUUACGUAUUUUGUGAAAUAUAAUCAACAGAUCUCAAAAGUAAUGACAUGGGCAACUGUAAACUUUGACAUCGUUAGUUAUUUUCUCAGAAAAACAAAAAAUGAACUAUAAAAUCAUCUCAUCUGUAAAUGUUUAUAAAAAAAUAAUACGGAUUACAUGAUAAAGUUGAACAUCCCGUGGGUACCCAGGGCUACAGACUUUAUCCUGAUUAGAAGAAAAUGACCUACCAGGAAAUCCUCCAAUAUAGCUCUCCUUGUGAAGGGUCUAUAUGCAUUCUUGCAGGCCUACAUGACGCCCCCCCUUACUCCCAACCCUAACGAUCUCACUGUUCAUGACUUCACCUAAUCAAAUGGGUAUGCUGUGUAGAUACUGUGAGUCUGCAGGUAGACCUACCCUACUCUCCUUUGCAUGUUAUUACACCAAUCACUGUCCUUAAUGAAUCCAACCGUUCACCCUCCCACCUCUCUCCUCCUAUCCCUGUUUAACCCUCCUCCAGUGCAAACAGACAAGACAGAUGUAAUCAGAUCUUUUCCCUUCUCCACCACUGAUCCACUCAUCAGGAGUGGGAGAAGAGAAGAGGUAGAUGUGUGUGCAAGGGUAGGGGGUGACCUAAAGUGGUGAUGACACAAUUAAUGUCAAAUUAAUGCUCAUCCUGAGUGUCUACAUCACCUCAUCUCCCUGUGUCUCUCCCCGCCCUCACCUUGCUGCCUCUGUCUUUCCCUCCUCGCUCCCUCCUUUAUUUUUCUUCCAACACACAUCCAGCCAGCCUCACCCAUCCCUCCCUCCUCUCUCGCUCCUAUCUAACCGCACGUGGCCUAAUCUCAUACAUGGGGGUGGGAGCUCAUCUCAGUGUUGUUCUGGUGUGCUGCAUCUAGCUUAGCUCACUAGCACACAGAGUAUGAUGUGGAGUGCUAAUAGGGGCUGGAGGGGUGGGUGUGGAGGGGUGGUGGAGCGGGAGUCCUGAUUGGUGUCUCUAAUUACGGCUUGAUACUAAAGAGUAAUUAAUGAGUUUGUGGCCGAUGGCAGCAGCUUUGGAGCGUCAGACUCGAUCGCAGGAGAUAAGAGCUGUUUGUUCCGAGGCCAUGAAGGAUCCCACGGGGCACAGAUACAUUCUUAUUCUUUAUUUGGAUCCCCAUUAGCUGCUGACAAGGUAGCAGCUCUACUCUUCCUGGGGUCCACACACACAAGAACAUAACAAAUAUAACAAGACAUAUAACACAUGUAACAAAUAUCAAUAAAAACAUGCUCAAGACAAGCAAAAAUCGAGUAAAAACCUAAACAUCACAACUCAUAAAUAAAAUGAAUGUACUUACAAUUAUUAGCAGUUACUCUUUUCAUGAAGUGCACUCAUUCAAAUAAAAUGAUUCAUCUUAUGAUGGAGGAACGUAAGAUAAUGUAGAUUUUGAAGCUUUUACAUUUGAAAUGUAGGUUGUGCUAUUAGGAAGUAUUCUGUACAUUCAGUUAACUAAAUGUUUAAUUUCCAACAAAAAAACCUUAUGUGUAGAAACAUCACACCAGAUGUGUAAGUACAUUUUCAUUCAGUGCAUUUUGAAAGUUAGAGGGCAGAAAAUAGACUCCUGAGACUCCAAAGGCUGGUCUAACAUUCAUUCAUAUUUUUGGUAUGGUUUCUUCAGUAGCCACCUUUAAUGCAUAUUGCAUUAAAGACAGACAGAAAGAAAGAGAUACAAUGAUGCAAAGUGGACAAAAGGAAAAACAAAGCUUGAAGGACGAUAUGUGUGCCUUUGACUGUGUGUGUGAUACAGAGAGAAAGCUUAAAUGUGAGUAUGUGUGGCUGUGAGAGAGACAGCGUGCUGAGGAGUGUCUCUAAAACAGGGGCAGCUGUAGUGUAGUUAAUGAGGCCUGCAGUCGAAAGCCCAGUGUGUGAACACAUUGU